AACCGCGAUUCCCGACACAUUCCCUCGACAUCGGAAUCAAGUGCGCCAAUAAUACUGUCUAUUUUACCGCGAUAUCUUGGGGCGCAAAACACCACGGACCGAGACAUGUCGGUUGCGAACGCCUCAGCGAAUAAUCCAGAAGUACAGCCCAAACCCAAGGAGCAACUCACCAAUGGCGAGACAAAGCUCGAUGAGAAGAAGCUGAAGCAGUUCUUCAUUGGCUCCAUAGACCAGGGAACCACGAGCACGCGCUUCAUCAUCUUCAAUGGCACGGGAGAGCCAGUCGCGCAACACCAGAUUGAGUUCAACCAGAUAUACGCGCAUUCGGGAUGGCAUGAACACGAUCCCCAGGAAAUCGUCGAUUCGGUCGAACAAUGCAUAGAACAAGCAACACAGGCCUUUAUCGACAGAGGCCACAAGGUGGAUGAGAUCAAGGCGAUCGGCAUCACCAACCAGCGUGAAACUACUGUUGUUUGGGACAGUAACACGGGAGAACCCUUGUACAAUGCUAUUGCGUGGCCUGAUACCCGUACCAAAGGUCUUGUGCGCGACUUCAAGGAGAGAGAGGGCGCCGACGAUGUCUUGAACAUUUGCGGACUGCCACUGUCCACGUAUCCCAGUAGUUUGAAGCUUGUAUGGCUGAUUGAACACGUCGACGCUGUCAAACAAGCGUACGAAGAAGGCCGCCUCAGUUUCGGAACUAUCGACUCAUGGCUUCUUUUCCACCUCAACGGCAAGCUGGAAAAGAACGUGCACGUCACCGAUGCCUCCAACGCCUCCCGAACCAUGUUCAUGGACCUCAACACGGUCCAAUAUUCUGAUAAGCUCCUUUCAUUCUUCGGUAUCGACCGCAACAAAGUCAAACUUCCCAAAAUCGUGCCUUCGUCAUGUCCAGACUCUUUUGGUAGCAUGGCCGCGGGUAUCUUGAAAGGCAUUAAAAUCGCUGGAUGUCUAGGUGAUCAGUCUGCCGCUCUUGUAGGUCAGCAGGGUUUCACACCAGGCUCUGCAAAGAACACCUACGGUACAGGUUGUUUCCUUUUGUACAAUGUGGGCGAGAAGCCCGUCAUCUCCAAGCACGGUCUCCUCGCCACCGUUGCCUACGAUUUUGGACGCAGUCGCAAACCCGUCUACGCUCUAGAGGGCAGUAUCGCUGUCGCAGGUUCAGGUGUCAAAUUCCUCAUGAACAACCUCGGUUUCAUUACUCACAGCCACAAAAUCUCCGAGCUGGCCUCCAGUGUAAAGGACAAUGGUGGUUGCGUUUUCGUGACGGCUUUCAGUGGUCUUUUCGCACCUUACUGGAUCGACGACGCAAAGGGCACGAUUUUCGGCAUCACGCAAUUCACAGAGAGAGGUCACAUUGCGCGAGCUACACUCGAAGCCACAUGUUUCCAGACCAAAGCCAUUCUCGAUGCCAUGGAGUUGGACAGCGGACACAAACUGACGGAACUGGCAGUCGAUGGUGGAAUGAGUAACUCGAAUCUGUGCAUGCAGACGCAAGCCAACAUCAUCGGCAUUCCCGUCGACCGCCCAGCCAUGCGCGAAACCACCGCCCUCGGCGCCGCAAUCGCCGCAGGCUUCGCCGUCGACAUCUGGAAAGAAUUCGACGAGCUCAAGGAAAUCAACCAAAAAGACCGCAUGGUCUUUGAGCCCAACAUCACCAAAGAAGAAAGCGAAACCAUGUUCAAGAAGUGGGGCCGCGCCGUUGAGAUGUGUCGAGGAUGGUUGAGCGCCGACGAUACCAAUAACGAGCCUGAAUCGUAAAUUAUGCAUGCAUGUCGAGCCUUUGCGUGAGGUUAUUAGGGAGAGAAAAGAGAGCGAAUGAUGACCCGUGAUGAUGAAUUAAUAUUCUUUUCUAUAUACACUUUUUUUCUUCCUUUCUUUUAUAUUUUUGCUUUUCUCAUUUUCUUCAUGUUCACUUGCUUUAUUCCCUCUUGUAACCAAAGUAGUCAUUCAGUCGAUAGGAACAUGAAAUCUAGCCUAUACCUCCUCUUUCAUUUCGUCCUUUUCGCGACGUUCUGGAACCCACGACCCUCAAGUAAACCAUAAUGUGAACCCGCCUAUGAGAGGAAAGAAGAGAAAAAAAAAACAUCUCCAUAACAUUCACCAAACAAUCUCACCUAUUCAAAAUUUCUCUAACGAGUGACAAGUCCAAACAAAAGCAAAGCCCUCUCGAUUUCUGAUUCCUUGCCUAUUUCAGCAAUGUCUCUAUUACUUCAGCCAACCAGAGUCACUCACUCUGCAUUUAAGAAUUAAAUCACUGGAUUAACACAAUCUUAUAUCCUCUACAACCUCCUCUCCUCUUGCCCUCUUAACUCACCACCCAUAAAUGAUCUAACUAAUCCAAUCCAUCGCUUUAAUCGUCGAAACAUUGUGAACGCAAAC